AUGGAAUUAUUAAACCAUUAGGAGAAGGAAUUACUAAGCAAAUAUAACAAAUACAUUUCAAAUAGUAAGACAUAAGAACCAACUAAAUAUUCCGAUAUAUUUAUUGGAAAACAUGAAGUAGAUUGUGGGUAAUUAAGAGAUGAGUUCAAAUUUCAAAAUACAAAAAUGGGGGUCAAAUCUUCAUCAGCCAAUAAGAGAAAUGAGUUCAAAAAUAUUAUGUCAGAGUUGAGAAGUUCUUAGAAUUUAAAGAGAGAAAAUGAAAAUAGGAAUUAAAAUAGUGUGUUAAUUUAAGAAAAUUCAAGAUAAAAAUAAUAAUAAUAUGAUUAGAAUUAGAUGUUUUUAAUAAGAGAAUGUUUGGAUAAGCCUGAGAAACAAGUAAGAUAGAUUUCAUCUAUAUCAUAAGAUAAUCCAGAAUAAAAAAAUAUCUAAGAGAAAUUGAAGUGUAGACAAUCAACAUUGGAUAUUUAAAAAUAAUUUAAUGAGUAUUAAUAACUAAUAAACACUUAGAAAACUAUUGUAGCAACUUGAAACCUUGAUAAAAAAGAAAAAAAUAGAUAGUAAAUUCUUAUUUUCCAUGAUUCAAAAACACAUUGAGGAGUGCCCCUAAUUUGGUAAGAGGGUUAAGGAAGAUAUAAAAGAACUAUUAUAGUAAUUAUUAUGA